AUGUCUAGACUCAGAAGGUUGGAUAAUGAAGUUCUUAAUCACAUGUUAAAUGAUAGUGAUGAGGAAUCAAACUCAGACGUGCCGGAUGGCAUGUCUUUCUUCCCGAUGGAUACAGCAGAACAACAAGAUUUGAUUAGGAAAUUGGAAUUAAGGAACAAUUUGAAAAACGACAAAUACUUGAAAAUAUUGACGUUCCUAUACUUAGUCGUUUGCGGGAUGUUUAUACUUCUGGCAACAAGAAUUAAGAGAAAAAACGAAACAUUGGGACCUUACAGAAAAAUAUUAUUGUUUUCCGCACAAUCAAUAAGCUGCUCCGUGAUUACUCUUCGAUAUGAAUUCAUUCACAACUAUUUCAAAGUUAGAAGGAUGAAUUUUUAUUUAAGCAGCCAAAGAUUAAACAUUUUGAACUUUGUCAUGUUAAUAUUCCUUUCAUGGAUCAUCCUUAAUCAAGGUGGUUCCACUGCCUUGUUAUUAUUAUGUCAUAUUCCACAUUUGUUAUUCAUAGUGGCCUUUAUCGUGAAGAGGCUCAUGACAAGUCUUGAUUUCGAAUUAGGUAAUCUAAGAGCCUUGCAAUACAAAUUUAAAAAUGUUUAA